AUGGCACCAAAUCCCAAUAGCAAGGGGGGGUCUACCUCCCCACAGCAACAUCGAGUUGGAGAACAUUGGAGCGGGACCAACCCCGUUCCGACCAUCUCUAAGUUUAUGGAGCGCCUCAGGAGUGAAGAACAGCAACAGAAAGAAUAUGAGGAGGCCCAGACUGCCAGAGAACGACAGACCGAAGGUGGUGAUAGUCCCCAUCAACCGCGGAAGAGGGCCAAGGGAAAGACUCGCAAAGUGAGAGACCCAGUUACCGGCAAAGAUAUGGAGGUAGAGGACCAGGACGAACACUCAAUGGACACCGUGAAAGAUCCCAAGUUGGUCGUCCCCAAUGCCAACCUGGGAAAGCCAACAGAAGUCAAAACCGAUGCAUGCCAGAACCUGUCCGAAUACAAAGAGAAUCAGGAUGUGACCGCACCACCUGAUCCCAUCGCUGAAGGCACCACGUCUGACGUACCGAUCCACGGCGAGAAAACAAAUAUUCUGUUUCACCCUACACCGACAAUUUCCUAUAAGCCUAUGUUUGAUCAGUUGGAAAAGCGCGCUACCGGAGUCUGUUUGGGUCUUUUUAUUGGUGUACUCUUCCUCGGUCGUGUUUUUGGUGGCUCGCUAUGGGGUCUCAUACCCUUGGCCUGUUGCACUACAACUGGGAUUUGGUUGUGGAUGAAAGAGGUCAUCCGGAGUGGUCGUGAAAUGGAAUGGAGCAGUGAGCAGCUACGAGGGCAAACAGCUACGGCCAACUUGUUGCCGGAAUCUGUCGAAUGGAUGAAUACUUUCCUCGGCGUCGUCUGGGGCCUGCUGAACCCCGAUAUGUUGGCGCCCAUCGCUGAUACUAUCGAGGACAUCAUGCAAGCUUCUGCGCCAAGUGUCGUGGAGAACGUCCGUAUCGCUGAAAUCGACCAGGGAAACAACCCUAUACGGAUUCUGAGCAUGCGGGCUCUUCCGGACGAGCACGUGCAGCAACUGAAAGAUAAUAUCCGCGAAGAGAACAAGAAAAACAAGGAUCCUCAGGAGGCAGCAGCUGCUGAAGAGGGUGGCAGCUACUACAACCUCGAAGCUUCUUUUGCAUACCAUGCAAAGCCGAGUGGCCAAAGUGCUUCCUCGAAAGCACGUAACAUGCAUAUGCAGGUUAUAUUCUUCCUGGGAAUCCAGGGUCUAUUCGGAGUGCCUUUCCCGGUGUUUGUGGAAUUGAUUGAGAUGGUUGGAACUAUACGCCUGAGACUGCAGAUGAUGCCAGAAGCUCCUUUUAUGAAGGAGAUUACGUACAGUCUUGUUGGCAUUCCGCAUAUUAGAGCCGGCUGCAUGCCGAUGGUGAGACAUGGUAUCAAUGUCCUCAAUCUACCGCUGAUCUCCAACUUUGUCAACUAUGCCAUAGGCACUGCCUGCAGCCUUUUCGCAGCACCCAAGUCAAUGACCAUGGAUCUGGGCAUGCUCCUCAAGGGUGACGAUAUCAUCAAGGAAACCCAGGCUAUCGGUGUGAUGUGGGUUCGGAUCCACCGCGCCGUUGGACUGAGCAAGCAGGAUAAGCGUGGCACCCAUGGCGGCGGGAGUGAUCCUUAUAUCAACCUCUCCUUCUCCAAAUACGGCAAACCUAUGUACUGCACCCGUGUCAUUACAGAUGAUCUGAAUCCGAUCUGGGAAGAGACUGCAGCUUUGCUGGUCACCCCGGAACUAAUCAAGGUGGAUGAGAACCUCAGCGUUGAACUGUGGGACUCGGAUCGCAACACGGCUGAUGACAUUGUCGGCAAAGUGGAACUGCCCAUCCGGGAAAUGCUGGCGCACCCAGGUCGCAUGUAUCCUCAAGUCUCCAAGCUGCAGGGUCUGAACGACGGUAGCGAGAUGCCCGGUGAGCUGCAUUGGGAAGUUGGGUUCUUUGGAAAGCCGAAGUUAAGGCCGGAAUUGAGGACGGAUGGCAAGAGGAAAGACCUCCCGGAGAAUCUUCAAGACAUCCCAGAGUUCCAGGACGAGAAGGGCACUAUCAUUACCGAAGAAGAAGAUGCGAUCACGCACACGCCGCCCGAUCCAUUGUGGCCUAGCGGUAUCCUAAGCGUUGUGGUUCAUCAGAUCGUGCACCUGCAACUUGCCAAUAUUAAAGGCACUACCGGUAGUCGAAAGGGAAGGGAGUACGAGCCGGCGAAGAAUUACGGCGAAAGCACUGAAGAGGAAGGCAAAGAGUUGCCCACCAGCUAUUGCAAGAUUAUGCUCAACGAUGAGUUGGUAUACCGGACUCGAGCCAAAGCACUUAGCUCCAAGCCCAUAUUCAACGCUGGUACUGAGCGAUUUGUCCGCGACUGGCGUUCAUCAAUGGUCACGGUGACCGUCAGGGACCAACGAUAUCGGGAGCACGACCCGAUCCUGGGAGUGGUGCAACUGAAGCUUACCGACCUCUUUCAGAAGUCCUCGCAAGUCACCAGAUGGUACCCUCUCGAUGGCGGUGUUGGCUUUGGACGGAUUCGUAUCUCGCUGCUGUUCCGGCACGUCGAAACGAAGCUGCCCCCCAAAAUGCUCGGGUGGGAUGUGGGCACGUUCCACUUCGUGUCGGACAAGCUUACGCUGCAAGGGUUCAACCAUCGGGCUAAGAUCAAACUGCGCACCGGUGGAAGCAGUGGAAAGAUCUCACGUGUCCAGUGCCAUAUCGAGGGGAACAACUCAUACUACGACCUGACUAAUGAAGACUUCCGUCGGAGUAUCCGACUUCCGGUGAAGCAUCGCUAUCGGUCCCCUGUCGUAUUCGAGCUGCACACGCAGGGCAAACACGGAGCUGCGGGUUACGCAGUUCUCUGGCUACAGCACCUCGUGGACAACGAGGAGACCGAAAUCGACCUACCUAUCUGGUCGACGAAGAACGGAAGCCGACUCACCCAGAACUACAUCACCGAGGAAAACUGGAAAGCAAAGGAAGUACCUGGCCUGGAAGACCUCCAAGAAAUCGGUCGUCUGCAGCUUCGGGGUCUCUUCACUCCCGGUAUCGAUGACUCCCACGAGCACUACGUGGUAGACAGCAAUUCGCGCGAGACCUUUGAAACAUGGGAAGCCUGCAUGGCCGAAGGCGUGCGGCCUCACAGAGUCACCGCCGAGAUCCCCGAGGACAUCGAGAAACUCCACGAACAGUCUCUCAGAGCCGGUCGCGACGUCUUGAAACAAAGCCACCCCAGAGAGCGCAAGCGCUGGAUCGACAAACAGGGAAACGACUGGAGCGGUGCGUUCGGCGACGACCCGGCCGCCUAUGUUGACUCCAAGGGUCGCAAGAUCGCAGAGCCAGGUCGGGACCAGCCCCCGCAAGACCCAGUCAACCCACCGCCCAAGGAGGUCGAGCCCACCGGGGCCGCGCACCCCAGCGAUUAUGAGGAGGACUCAUCGGAGUCGUCGUCAGACGAGGACACCCAGCCAGAGCAGCAGCAGGAGCAGCAGCAGCAGCAGCAGCAGCAGCAGCAGCAGCAGCAGCGACAACCUUCCGAACCUCAAACCAUCACGACGAAGCCCAGCGAAGCCAGCUCAAGCAACGCCCCGUCGAAGCGGGCAGCCAAGCGCAGCGAACAGCGCCAGCAGCGCGGUCUGAUGCAAUGGAAGCCGGCGCGCAACGCGGUGUUCGCACGGGAUGAAGCCAAGUAUGCACUGCGCAAAGUGAAGCACAAGUUCACCGGCAACCUGAGCGGACGAGAGCCGGACAUCGAGACCGAGACGGGACAGUAA